AUGGAUGCAGCACUCGGGGGAGGAGCGGGACGGUCGAAGUUGAGGAGCAAGCCUCAGAGCGAGCUAGGCAGCCGAGCAGGUGCGAACUGGCGAGGGCGUGGGACCGAUGAGAGGAAAUGGCCGAUUGAGGUUGGAGCGUAUCCUCUCAUCUUCUGCUCUGUCACUUCCCAGUUCCUUGCUCGCAGCAAUCGAGCAUACGAAGAUCGAUGGCUGUGGCGUCAGACAAAGUGUAAGCCAGUUCGGUUCUCACGGUUGCAACGACUCUUCAGCCAUUGCGAGUACCUGGCUUUGGCGCUCCAGCGCUGUGCAGCACGCUGUCCUUCGGAAGAGGUCCGACAUGUACAAUACUCGCGCUUCACUUCAAUGGCCAAUUUGGCCAACUGCACAGCCCCUCGCAGGAAACCCACCUCCGUUCGCCCUUUUCCGCCCAUGCGCAGACACCCAGAAAGGUUUGAUGGCUCGAGCGCUGGCCUAGUCGGAUUGAGGCGUGAAGUCGAGUCGAAGCGGUGGGAGAUGUGA